AUGUUAAUUAAACUGCGAAAGAAACCACUCCCUUUGCUUAGUUUAAGUUACAUCAGGAAGUAUCAGGUGAUACUAUUUUUUAUUUCAAAGGAAGUCUGCCUACCAUCUACUGAUUUGUCAGCACUUUAUGAUUUUUUGAAACAUUACAUAUAUUGUUUAAUAUCUUGUGAGAUUAAGGAUACAUUAACUAACAUGAGUAUGUUUACAAAGAUGUUCAAAGGAGGACCUAGUUCCUCUAAACACAAAGGUGGUCCAACUCCUCAAGAAGCGAUUCAUAGACUUCGGGAGACAGAGGAUAUGUUAACUAAAAAGCAGGAGUAUUUAGAGGCUAAAAUCGCACAGGAACUGGCUGUCGCUAGAAAGAAUGGGACGAAAAACAAACGAGCUGCAUUGCAGGCCCUGAAGAGGAAGAAGAGGUUGGAGAAACAGUUGGCUCAGAUCGAUGGCACACUUUCAACUAUCGAGUUCCAGAGGGAAGCACUGGAGAAUGCCAACACCAACACAGAAGUACUGAAAAAUAUGGGCUAUGCAGCAAGAGCCGCAAAAUCAGUUCACAAGAAUAUGGAUUUGAACCAAAUUGACGAACUGAUGCAGGAAAUUACAGAGCAACAGGAGAUAGCCCAGGAGAUAUCAGAUGCCAUAUCACGACCUGCUGGUUUUGGAGAAGAAUAUGAUGAGGAUGAACUUCUAGCAGAGUUGGAGGAACUUGAGCAGGAGGAUCUGGACGAGAAGAUGUUGAAUGUUGGAAGACUACCAAGUGUACCAUCAGCAUUGCCAUCCAGACCAAGUGGAGUUAAGAAGCGUGCGGAAGUCGAUGAUGAAAUGAAACAGUUACAAGCCUGGGCUUCCUAAGUAAAGAAGGAAUUGUUAUGCUCUUCUCAUCUGAGUGCUCAUAAUGAAGAAGCACUCAAACUGUUGCCAUUUUUAUUUCAUCUUCUUGUGCACUUAAGCUAUGGGAGUUUUUAUUUCACUAUCUUGUGCACGUUUUUUAUUUGGUAGAACCUCUUCUUUGAAGACUUGUUUCUUUACACUUUUGCACCUUGCCAGCCUUGAGUUUAGUUUUUCCAGACUUUCCUAAGCUACAUUUAGUUGCAUUGUAUAUAUACCAAUACUAUUUAUUAUACUACAACACCGUUAUAGAUUUCUCGUGAUAUCUUAUCUUCUCUGAAUGCUUUUUGGUUUUGCUUUAGAUUCUUUUGGAAUUGUUUAUUGCUUUUCUCUGAAUGAUUUUAUGUUGCAGUGUAAAUGCAGCGCUUACCAUAAACUGCUGUUGAGGUCUGUGAGUGUAAUAUAGUGUUAAAACUUUGAGUUGCAAACAUCAUCAGGUAGCCCUGGAUUUGAGUCAUUAAUGCUCCACUUAAAUACUGUAUGAAUUAGUUAAGUCACUUAGAGAGAUCACUACCAUGGGUUGCCCCAAAAAAUUGACAGUUCUGCCUUGGAGGUCUUAAUCAAUAAAUUAAUAACAUACACAUAUAUAGCAAAGGUGUCACAUUGAAGAUAGGGUCCAUAAGCUUUACUGGUUACAGUAAUUAUUAAGUACUUUUGGGUAAUGUGUCUGUCACUUUCCAGUAGAAAAUACUCAUUGAAAAGAAUGUUAGUUAUGUAAAAAAUAAAGUGCAAAAUGUUAUAUAUGAAAGACAAGAAAACGUUGUUACUUAACAGAAGCAGACUUUGUUGUAGGUAUAAGCCACUUAGCCAGCCAGUUCUGAUUAGUUUGAUACCUGCUAGAUAAAAUGUUGAAUCUAAUUAUUCUAAAACUAUGUAUUGGGUAUUCAUAAAUUAUGAUUAUCUCAGUUUUACCAUGGCAAGUUAUUUAUGCUGUUUAGUGUACCUUGUUAAUUUUAAUAAAAUAGAUGAGUGAAAAAGACCAUUGCCAUAACUAAACCCCACUACAGAAUAGUUUGCAGCUUGUGUCUCCUGUGUAUUCCUGAAUUUCCUCUGGUUGUGAACCCUCAGCUUCUACUGGAAAGCUUUUGGUGUCCCUGAACUGUGCCUAGUCUGUGUUUGUUCAAGUACCUUUUUAUGCUUUUCACUAUGCGUACCCUUUGAAACAUUUGAUGUGCUCUGAUUUCACUCAUUUCUUCAAGUGUUAAACAUACAGUUGAGUAAUUGUACCUUAUUGCUGAAAAAAAGAAAUAGGUGCAUUCUUAAUGCUGUCAUUCUCAAGUUUCACAUAAUUUUUCUGUGCCUUUUCAUUGCUAGCAAAGCCUUCCCCAGAAAAUAAAGAGAUGUUAUAUAGCCUUUGAUAGGCUAUACCUCAACAAAAAAAAAUCCAUCUCUAUAACAAUAUUAAGAAAGCCCAGAGGAAA